AUGGACGAUGCAGACUUAAAUAAUAACAUCGACGAACAGUCACAUGCUGUCGAUGGCUUAGAUCAUGACAAGGUUGGGGACAGAGGUAUCAUGAAUGACCAGAUUCAUCUCGAUCCUAGCCGUUGGUGGUUUGCGUCAGCCGCAUUUCCCAUGAUAGCUGGUACCCUGGGUCCCGUGGCUUCAGCCUUCAGUAUCUGUUCGCUUGUCAAGUAUUGGAGGCAGCAUAUUCCUCCGGGCUCUGACGUUACUAAAGCAGUGUAUGUUAAAGACCCUCUAUGGCUAACAGUAGUAAAUGCCGUCCAACUAGCCCUAGCUAUAAUUGCGAACGUGUUCCUCCUGCUGAACAUGACGAAGAGGGUGCGGUUUUCGAUUGCGCAGCCUAUAACGAUAGCUGGUUGGUACAUAUCGGCAAUAUGUCUUAUAGCCCUAUGCGCUACAGCGACUGGGCCGUUAGAUCUGCAACCGCAGAUCGAAUAUGUCUGGUCUCAAGCUUUUUAUUACGGCUUGUUUGCGGCUAUCAUCUACUUCAUAGUUGCCUCUCUUAUGGUCAUCACGGUCUGGGGCGCUCAAACCGGGCACUACGGCAAAGACUUUGAGUUGACAACUAGCCAGAGGACUUUGAUGCUUCAGACUAUCCUCUUCCUCGUGUACCUACUCUUAGGUGCUUUUGUCUUCUCUAAGAUCGAGGGCUGGAACUACCUUGAUUCUAUAUAUUGGGCGGACGUUACUCUCUUCACUGUUGGCUUCGGGGAACUAUCCCCGCAGACCCGUCUUGGACGUGGCCUUCUCGUUCCAUACGCGCUGAUUGGUGUCAUCAGCCUUGGUUUGGUAAUUGGGUCUAUCAGGAGCUUGAUUCUUGAUCGCGGCAAGCAUAGACUCGACGCGCGCAUGCUGGAGAGGCAACGAAGACUAUUAAUACGACGCGUCUUGCGGAAAGGACAUGGUGGCGUUCUUGAACCGAUUAACGACGGAGCUUCAGAAGCUUUCCCUUCGAAUGCUCGCUGGACAGAGUUUGAGCGUCGUCAAAAAGAAUUUCAACUCAUGCGCAAAGUUCAACGACAGGUAUCAUCAAAAAGAGAAAGAUGGACCGCUAUGACAGUAUCCUUAAUUACUUGGUUGCUGCUCUGGCUCGUAGGUGCCAAGAUUUUCCAAGAGUGCGAAUACCCCUAUCAAGGAUGGUCCUACUUCGACGGUUUUUAUUUCUCAUUCACAGCAUUGACAACAAUCGGAUAUGGUGACCUCACCCCAGUGUCGAACUCAGCCAAGGCCUUCUUUGUAUUCUGGUCGCUGCUCGCCUUGCCCACUAUGACUGUACUUAUAUCGAACGCGGGGGACACGAUCGUGAAGGGCAUUAAAGAUGGUACCCUUUUACUCGGAAACCUCACAAUAUUACCUGGAGAACAUGGCUUCAAGAAAGAAGUGAAGCAGUUUAUGUCAAAACUGUCCUGUGGUGUGCUGUUUAUGGACGACGAUAUCGAAGAAUCCCCCCCGGGCUUUUUAGGAGCAGCGCAUGAGCAGCACACAGACGAUGAGGAUGAGGAUGAUGAUGAUGGGGAAGAUGAAGAAAGGGCUUCCAAUUCAACUGAUAUAAACAAUGCAGAAAGCAACCGGAGAGCUCAGAAGGACGCUGAAAACGGAGAAUCACAACCAACGUCACCGCCGCUAAACACUUCAACCAAACAAACUUCUAUUAGGCCACAUCUUACACCCAAAUCUCGACCCUCCAAGAAUUCAAAGACAAAGUCACCAAGACGCUCCGCCUCCGUAGCCCGAGAAAGCCUACCUACCGAACUCCCCAAAUCCCGCGCUGAGUACCACCUCGUCCUAAUCGACGAAAUAUCCCGCGUGACUAAGCACCUGCGGCACUCGCCGCCGCGCAAAUACACCUUUAAAGAGUGGGCGUGGUACCUCCGCCUCAUCGGCGAGGACGAGAGCAGCGCCGAGAACCACCGCCGACCCGAGCACCAGCCGCCGGAGGGGCACAGCCGCAGCCGCAGCCGCAGACGUCCUCGCGCCCUCGCGGAUCGGCUGCGCGGGAGAUCCGAUACUUCCGCGAACGGAGACAAUAAUUCAACAUCCAGAGACGACGAAGAUAUCAACGGUAACUACAAAAAUGGUAGCGAAGAAGCGAGUCCCGCAGCUGAAAUACCGAAGAAGUGGAGCUGGAUCGGACACCGAAGCCCGCUCCUGGAUACCCGCGAGGAAGCGGAGUGGAUUCUAGACAAGCUAGAGCAGAAGCUUAGAGAAGAGCUGCAGGCCGUCGUUAGGGAAGGCGGGCAAGGUCAGGAUGGGCUAAGAAGAGUCAAAGAGGUAGAGUGGCAGAACAAGCAGAAGGCGUCGGGUUACUACUAA